CUGGAAGAUAUGGAUAGCGACGCCUCCGAAGAGAACGGGCUUUUUCACCAGCCGCUCUUCCAGCUACUGAUGCACAAUCUCCGCGAUAUCGAACGUUCGGUAUCUCCGUGCGAAAUCACCAGAAGCAACAACUCUUCCAUACUUCGUUCAAAUGAACGACAGCCAUCGCCACUUCUGAAAUCGCCAGAUCCCAUUGGUGACUACCCUAGCCUUGUAAAUACCAUCGAAGAACAGAUCGACUUACGGCUCGCUUCUUCAAACAACCCCACCAUAGUUAUGGAGCUCGAUCUCGACGGCAAAGUGCGAUACUUGAGUAAAAACUGGGAGUUCAUAAUAGGAACUACAAUCAAGAAAAUCGUUGAUAACCCAAUCUCCAAGAUUAUCAUCGGAAACAGUCCGGAAGACCUCCUGGUGUUCAACAACGCCAUCGACAAGAUGAUUGUAGAUGACUGUAGCUACAAAGUAAAGUUCCUCACUGCAACCAACACCACUGUAAGCCAACAUGCCGACGACGGAGGAUCAAAUCUCACACCUCACAACUCGAUGGAAGAUGUUAAGGAUGUCCUCAUACCUACAACAGAUUACGUUCCCAAAGAAGAACAUGGAGAUGCAGAUGAUGCCAGCAUUGUAGAUGAUGAUACUUCGAGUACUAUAAGCUCGAAGCUCUCGAAUAACGGAGACGUAAUAGAACUAGAGGCUCAGGGGAUUCUCAUCCACGACGCCAAGACCAGAAUGCCCACUCAUUCUAUGUGGACUAUAAAGCCAUUUGCACAUUUAGACGUAGAGUUGACGAUACCCGAAAAUCUCAUCAACUUGCUAGGUUUUGGUUCAGAGAUCUUUGAAGGGUAUCUUGUAAAUCUCAAAGAGUUAGGCAUUAUAGACGAGGACAAUGUUCCCCAACCCAAGACCAUUCUCUGUAGAAUCUGUGAAAGACAAAUCCCCGCCUGGUUCAUAGAAAAGCAUUCUGAUUUAUGCGUAGUUGAACAUCGGGCAGAUGAAGAUCUUCAGCAGUGUCAUGAUGCCAUUAGCGAUCAGCGUGAAUUGAUAAUACGAAUUUCUGAGAGUUUGGCCCAACAGCAGUUGCAACCAUUAGUGUCACCUACAUCUUCUGCUCUUUCUUCAUCUACUUCGCUCAUAUCCAACCAUUCGACUUCGUCCAGCGCUUCUUCAUCUUCAGAAGAAAGUUCGCAUAGUUUGAUAUUAGAAUACAAGGGAAUGCUCUUGCCGAGCGUUUCUACUGGAGAGUCUUCUCCCAGACUUGCCAACCAAGUUUUGAAUAAAAAUUUCCAUGCUAGAAAUCCCAUGAUACACACCAAGAAGUUUCCCUUUGGCAUUCUACAGAGAUUGGUGGAGUUAUGUGAUGAAGCAUUGCUAAUCAACCCUCCUACUAGUAACGAGAGCGAGGAGUUGCAGUUCUCACCUACAAGUGAGAAAGCAUUGAAUUCUGUAAUGUCUGCUAACUAUCUUGAGACUUCAGAUCCGGCUAUACGCUCCAUAAUAGAAGACACACAGCGAUUAAUAAGUGAAAAGGUGGAGACUCUAUCACGUCUCAUAUCCAUCCUACAGUAUUCUGAAAAGAUCAAAAAGGAGGUAGACGAAGCGGUUCUCAAAACUGUGAGCCAGGCUGUUUUCAAAAUCAAAGAACAGACUGUCCCACAGGAAUUUAAUAACUCCAUAUCUAGCGACAAAGACAUAGAUGUUGCUGACCAGACAUUAUCGGAGCCUAUUCUUCUCAGUCCGGAAUCAGGAGUGUUACAUCUGCCACAACCGGCUAGAACAACAAGUCCGUCUGCUAGGUUGUUUCAAGAUGCUUUUGUGGAGGGUCAAUUCAAGUCUAUCACACCCAAAGACAUUCUCUUGCGCGACAGACCUCCUCCAGUAUUGGAGCAUAGAAGUAGUACGAUGACGACAAGUUCCAUAAACUCUUCAACCUCCUCCCUUUCCAUUCCAAAUCCAACCAAUGGAGCUAAUACUUCACGAGAGCUUCUUGAAUCGAUUAAUAAUCUAGACUUGUCGAAGAAAUCAUCAGAAAAUAACUCGUCGUUUUCCUCUCCUAGAAGACAUCUCUCGCCUGCUCCAUAUGUGGAAAAACAGAAUUUGUCAUCUUAUCAAAGAAAUCCAAAUCCUAGGUUUGAUAGUACUACGCCAUCGUCUUCUCCAUCUGUGAAUGCUGAAAAUACCAAUGAUAGCAUUACUGAAAAGAGAUCAAACUCUGGCGGUAACAGCUUUUCUCUUCAAAUUUCUACUAGCACUAAAGGAUCUAUAAGCUCCGGUACCAAACCUCCUCUUUCUCCACUCUUGGUUUCAACAACUCCGCAAUCCAAGUCUACCGGUGGAGGGAUCCGAGACUACGAGAUUAUCAAACCCAUUAGUAAGGGAGCAUUUGGUUCCGUAUUUUUGGCUAAACGAAGACUUACGGGCGACUACGUAGCUAUCAAGUGCUUGAAGAAAAGAGACAUGAUAGCCAAAAAUCAAGUCUUGAAUGUCAGAUCUGAACGGGCAGUAAUGAUGAAACAGUCUGAUUCAGCCUACGUUGCUCAAUUGUAUAGUACUUUUCAAUCCAAGGACUACUUGUACUUGGUGAUGGAAUACUUAGUAGGUGGUGAUUGUGGAACUUUGAUCAAGACUUUGGGUACAGUUGAUGUCGAAUGGUCACGGCGCUACAUUGCUGAAAUCAUUGUGGGUGUUAACGAUCUUCACCAGCGCGGAAUUAUCCACCGUGACUUGAAGCCAGAUAACAUCUUGAUAGAUAGUGAGGGUCAUCUCAAGUUGACCGAUUUUGGCUUAUCCAGAAUAGGUGUUGUAGGAAGACAACAUAGAUCGCAUCGUAAGAGCAGUUCUUCUGAAACCGGUAUUGAGUUCUUCAGAAGAAGCAUCACACAGCAACUGCACAAAGAUCAGCCUCACAACCAGAGCCCGCUAGCUAACGUAUCAGGAUUGGGACUCGGUGGAGAUUCGCCUUUAUUGGAGUUUCAUCACAAGAGAACCAGUUCUGUUACGCCAUUCUCACUUUCGCCAACUGUUGAGCAUGGAAAGAGUUCUGUAGGAUCCUUGAAUUCGCCAACUUUAACAUUCUUAGAAAACUUUGCUCUGAAUCAAACUCCCACUGCUGCUCCUCAUAGGGGAAGCUCUAUAUUCAAGCCUACUGGUCGAUCUGGUUCCAACUCGAGCGGAAUUGAAUCUCCCAUUUUGAACCCGAUACUCCCACGGACUUCGUCUGAAUCGUCAUUUGCAAUAGUAGACGAUGAUUUUCAGGUCAGCCCCUCUCUGAACAAUGGUACUUCUAUAACAUCUUAUGCUUUGUUCGAUCCCAAGAACGAAAAGGAUACAGAGCUUAAGAAGUUUGUAGGAACCCCAGACUACUUGGCUCCAGAAACUAUUGAGGGUUUAGGACAAGGUGAAUCUUCUGAUUGGUGGUCGUUGGGAUGUAUAUUGUUUGAGUUUCUUUACGGCUAUACUCCGUUCCAUGCUGAAAGUCCGGACAAGGUGUUCAAGAAUAUCUUGGAAGGAGCCAUAGAUUGGCCAACUUUGUCUGAAGAAGAAGACUACAAAUUCUGUCCUCCUGAUGCGAAGGAUUUGAUUAAGAGGCUCUUGACUUUGGAUCCUACAGUGAGAUUGGGAGUAAACGGAGCCGAUGAAAUCAAGCAGCAUCCAUUCUUUUCUGUAAUCAACUGGGAUACCCUCUUCGAAGAGAAGCCAGCCUUUGUGCCAGUAUUGGAUGAUCCAGAGUCUACUGAGUACUUUGAUGCUAGAGGUGCCCAUUUAAGUCAAUUCCCUCAUGAAGACGAAUCAGACGAUGACAAAGCUUCAUCUGUCACGGGCCAAUUGUCUAUUCCAAGCAUGCCAGGAAGCGGCACCAGAGAAAGAAGGGGAAGCAAAUUGGCAGAUCUCACUGAGUUUGGUUCUUUCCAGUAUCGUAAUUUGAAUGUGUUGGAAAAGCAGAAUAAGGAUGUUAUCAACAGGUUCAAGAAGGAGCAUUUGGAACACAGAAACAGUUUCUCGUCGUCAUCUUCUGAUUCUAUACCUACAGGUAGAUCACGAGGAUUCUCGUUUACUGGUUCUGGUGGUAGUCCUUUCAAAAGGCCAGUUUCUCCUAUAGCUGCUGCUGGAGGACGCUCUUCUUCACCAAGUAAAUACACCGAACCGACUUCGGCAUCUCCACAUUCGAUGAAGCAUGAACGAUUAGGAUCGGGAAUCAGUAACUACUCCAGUGGGGACGAAAUAGAUACCACUAGAGCCUCGGUCUUCCCCAAACAAGUUCUUAGAGAAUUUUCUUCAUCGAGCUCUGAUACAGAAGACAACAAGUCGUCUGCUCUUUUGAGAAUACGAAAGAGACGUGAAAGUUCCAGGUUACCAAGCAACUCGGUCGAUAACGGAGACUCACUCAUUGCGAAGAAAGAUGUGGAUGUAUUAUAUUGUGAACCUAUUUCUGUUGUUCGUCAUAGUGUGACGAAAUUGUUGGAGAAAGCGGGUUGUAUCGUUGUUUCAAUCACAGAUGGAGACGAAUUGAUCAGGAGAGCCACAAGUCAAGUUAAGUUUGAUCUCAUUUUUACGGCUUUGAGAUUACCUAAGGUUGAAGCAAUAGAUGCUAUUAAGUUGAUCAAGUACACAACUGGAAUUAACUCCUCUACUCCUGUGAUUGCGGUGACUGGUUUUCCUGAUGAAGCCAACGAUUCUAAAGUGUUUUCAUACGUUAUCGAGAAACCAGUUGAGCUUGUACACAUCCAGAAAUGCAUCCAGAAAUUCUCAAACGACGAAGCUAUUGAAAGCGAUAGUGAAAAAUAG